CAGGGAAACCAUUAUAAACCUUUCAAGCAACAAUAUUCCAUAACCACCAUGACCAUCUCUCUCUCUCUCUCUCUCAUAUUUAUCUACAACUAGGAGGAGAAUAAACAGUCAUGGCCAAAUCAUCGUCAUCAACCUCACACCAAAACCCUUCUCCAUCCUCCUCCUCCACCACAACGAGCGUCCGCGUCACCGCCCUCGACGGCCUAGUAAACGUGAACUCCCUCUUCACAAUCGCAGUCUUCGUGGGCCUCUCCCUCACCACCCCACACCAGCACAGCCUCAACCCAUCAACCUGUGACGCCGGCAUCGACGUGGCGAAAAAGCUCUUAGUCUUCGAAGUGGUGUCCUUCAGCUUCUUCCUCUUCUCGUCCUUAGUGGCUCAGGGGCUCAAGCUUGCCAUCAACAUAUUGAACAGCAGAGAUGUGGAUGAGGCGUUUCGAGCCCACAUUAAUAUCAAGGUCCUCAGGUUUGGGAUGGUGGGUUCGGCUGUUGGAUCGGUGAUGGGGUGCUUGUUCUUGAUGCUGUCGAUGAUAAAUGUUGUGGAGAUUAAGUUGGGGACCCUGUCUUGUGGGAGUAAAUCUACGGUUAGUUCUGCUGCGGCUUUGAUUGCGUUGGUCACUUCUGGACUUCUUGUUUAUGUUUCUACUGCUGUUUAUGCGUUUCUGCACUGAAAAAUAAUUGGGACUUCUUGUGGAUUCAACAAGUUCUAUUUGUUUCCUCCUCUUCUUCUUCUUCAAAAUUUUUAUUUUAUUUUCUUAUUUUUUCAUGUGUAGAACUGUUUUUAAUAUAGGGUAAUUCUAUGAAACCGAAAUUUUGCAGCUGAAAGUUCUUUAGAAAAUUCAAUGAUGGCUCAAAAAAUGUUUACACCUCACUAAAAACAUUCCUUAUAAUUUGAUUUAUAA